AUGGCGGUUAUGGCGGUGGCGCGUGACCGAGCAGCGUGGCUGUCUCGCAAUAAAAAUGACACCUUUGUCGACGCUGUUGCUGAGAAUCUUCUUGACCGCUUAGAGGAUUGUAAGAAGAGUUUUCCCUCUGCAUUGUGUUUGAGAGGUUCUCUUGGUGCUGUUCAGCGUUUACUACGUAUGUGGUCGCGAUUCGUUGCACAGAAGAGUUUCCCCCUUAUCAAAGAGAGUUCGGUUGAUUUGAUCAUAAGUUCAUUGGCGUUCCACUGGACAAACGAUCUUCCAGGAUCCAUGAUACAGGUUUUCCCUUUUCGUUGCUUUUUUCCUGUGUAUGUGGUGAUUUACAAGCUGAGGAUAGCAUGCACUUUGGCUCACAUGAAGCGUGAAGGAGGCAUUAGUCCCCGGCUAUCCCCUUUGGCACAGGUGUGUGUGUGA